AUGGUUUCACCGAGUCCGCAUCUGGCAAUCGAAAGACCAGCGUUCACGGUGUCCAAAAUAUGGGUUUCUGUAGAUGCUAAUGCUGGGUUGACUUCGACAAUGUCGAGACCAGCAAGGUUACCGGUGGCAGCAACUUCUUCCAUUAUGAAUAAUCCUUCUCUGAGAGAAAGACCACCUCGCACCGGGGUACCAGUAGCAGCGACGUACAGUGGGUCAAUGGCGUCCACGUCGAAACUCACAUGCACAGGGUUCUUUCCCGAAGGGUUCACCUUUUCGAGGGCCAUCUCGAGCACCUUGUUGAUGCCGUAUUUAUCCACAUGGUACAUGGAGAAGGCCGUGAUUCCCAAAUCACGGAUGUACUUCUUUUCUCCAGCGUCCACGUCUCUCAGUCCGAUGAAGACCGUGCAAGUUACCAGAUGGAGUGGUUUCUGGGGUGUUGAGGUCGGCAUGGGCGUCGAUCCACAGAAUACCUCCGUCUGGGUUCUGGUUCACAAACGCCAGAAGCGUGGACAUGCCGAUGGAGUGGUCACCGCCCACAGUAAGCGGCAACGUGCCGUUUUUGCGGGCCUCAACAGAAGACUCGAAAAUGGCCUCACAGCUCUCGCUCACCAUCUUUGGUCUCAAAACGUUACCGUAAACGUCGGUUGGGUCUGCCUUUUGGCUCUUGAGAUCGAACUUGGCCAGCGGGUCGGCGAUCGAGUAAGUCCAGCCCAACUGCUCGAUGUCGGUCAACAGACCAAACUCCUCAAGCUUAUCAGGAGCCUCGUCGACUCCUCCUUUUCUCUGGCCUCCGCUGAAAGGAGCCUUGAUAACAGUCACUUUACGCGAUUCCGCGUAAUUGUAUUGGAUUUCACUCAUAGUUGA